AUGGCUCAAAAGGGUAUAACUUUAUAUACCGUUGGUUGUGAACCUAGUAUUACCCCCUACAAAGAAUUUUUCACUGCUAUUGCGUAUAUCACUGGCGGUCAGUAUGUUCCCUUGACUGGUGCGAAAUCUUUGACUCAAAUUAUUAUUGGGGGAGCCCAAGAGGAAAUGUCUCUUGAAAAAUGGAUGGAGGAUGUGAAUAAAGAAGUAACAGCCGAAAUGGAAGCGAAAGGUGGUAUUGACAUAGAUGAAGAAGCGGUAACUUCAAAAGUCCAAGCACUUUUCAAAUCCAAGGGUGCUAGGUCAAAACAACUCCAUCAAAAUAAGACCCAGUUAGCAGCUCCGAGUAGCUUUGCGUACAAGAUGUCAGGAAUGAGCAAACUAAGCGACAUAAAUGCCAUAUAUGACAAAGAAGCACCAGCCCCAGCUCCAGGGGCUUUCAUGAAAAAGGCCAAGAAGAAGGGUCUCUUGAACAGUAUGAGGUCCAGAAGCAAAGGAGGAGAUUCCGAGGACGAUGAUGAAGUUUGUGCUCCACCCCUGCCCAUGGCCUCCAUGUCAACAUUUGGUGAUUGUGAAGACGUAUAUGAAGUUGAGGAUGGCGAGAUUCACAUGGAACAAGCAAGAAGAAUGGUUCAAAAAUCGAAAAUGAGGAACAUGUCAAAAUAUAGUUAGUUGAUUUCGGGGAAAUUUUUUAACUUUAAAAGCAUGAACUUAUGGGGAUAAUUUUUGUAAAUAGCUACAGUUUUCCAACUAUUUAUUUACUAACAAUAAAACUCUCCAAGUGAUCGUACGUGUGGAACGAAUAAGUGACAUGUAAGCUAUGAAGAAGCAAAUUGAUAGGGCGAGGGGAGGUUAUGUGUCACCUUCAUAAAAUCGACUUUGUCCUGCCUCCAAUAACCAAUAAUGUUGUGAAGUGAAUUUAGGUUUUUAUAUGGAUGUCAAUGGAGGGUGUAUUCUAAUCUGAGACUUUUGUACAGAUAUUUCAAAAAACGCACUGGCUAUUUGCACCGUUUCUAUGGCUGCAAACAACGGUAGGGAUAAGAUAAGACCCGCGCUAAUUUUUUUUUUUUAAAGCGUGAAGCCAUUUUGAUUAUCGAGAAUGAUAUUAAGAAUGAUAUUAAGUAACUUUGUUAGUGUAAGGUAGGGAUAGCCAUAUGUUUUUAAUGCCCAUGCGGUACGAAUAGCCACGGCCUUAAGUAAUGGUCCACCAGUUGCCACAAGAAAUAGGCUUACUGUGAGAUCUUGGGCUUUAAGAAAUUUUAGGUUGUAACAUUGCGAUUAAGUAAUGUAACGAAAGGACAGGCACAGGCAUGUAGGCAAAUCCUCUAGAGAGAGAGAAUGGUUGUACAGUUAGUUUGAAGAAUGAUAUAGAAUAUUUGAAAUGAAAAACUAUAAUCUGAUAUUAGGGUUGGCUUGUGAAUUUAUUUCUGAAACGUUGUACUACGCUUAUCAUAAAUAUCAGUCUUGUCCAAAAACUAAAUUUUAUACUGCCCUACUUUUCUUUUGUUCAGAAGGGUUGAGAAAUCUCUAAGCAAUUUAAGUUCUUUUUGCUAUACUUCUAUUCAUGCCACAUAAUUGCCGUACUUUCUAUGUAAUUGCCUCAUAGAAUACCUCGCAUUCCAGUGUAUAUCAUGUAGGGCAUAAUUUGAUAUCCGGUUUCAGAAUUCAAGCCCAUCCCUCAACACAACGCAACUAAUUAAGGAAAAUCAAAAUUGGCAUCAAGCUGCUUUUGUUCUUGCUUUAUGCAAAAUCUUCAUAUCCUGCGAUUUAUUCUACUGCCCAAUCGCUUAAAUAUUUUUUAUUUUUUUACAGGCCAGAUAUAAGCCUAUAUUGUAACUUCUUUUGAGACUUUUGUUAUAUUUUUGUUAUUUGUUGUAAUAAAAUAAUUAAAAUUU